CCAUCAAGAGCUAUAAGAGGAAUUUCACAUCAAAGCCUCUUAAUCAUGUUAAUCCUCGGAGCUUUAAGGAGAGCUCAACGGAUUCCAUUCAGACACAGCACUACCAAUUUCCAAAAUGUAGUUCCUCGUAAUCUUUCGCCCGUAAGGCACAAUUUUCGGGUCCUGGGCAUGAGAUUCGAAACGACCGCAACAAACACAACGAAAGCAGCCAAAGCAAACGCCGCGGCUAGUCCAAAGCCGCAAACACCCAGAUUCGCAUACCCAGAGAAUCUCUGCGUAUACCACGCCGGCACAGGCCGGACAACCUUCCUAGCCUGCCUGAAGAUCUCGACGCUCUUCAUAUUCGCUUUCUUCGGCUUCGUCGUGACCCCAGCGUACUUCGACCGGGAAGGCUUAUCACCCACCGUGCUCCGCACAACGCUCUCGGCCAUCAUCCCCCUAGUCUUCGUAGCAUACACCACCUCCCCCUUCGUAUCCUUCAUCCACAUGCGCCUACCGCCCGUAGCGCGGCAGUCCGAGGACAUGCUGCGACGGUUCGCGCGUGCCAUCCCCGCAGACGCGGAGCUCGACAUCACGACCAUGAGCUUCAUCGCUAAGCCGCGCGUGAGCCGCGUCAAGCUGUCGGAACUGCGCCCCGUGUCCCGAAGGUUCGGCAUCGUGAACCUCGCCCGGGACACGUCCGCGGAGAACGCCGCGAGGAAGUGGUACCGGUUCCGCGCCGUGGGCGAUUUCAACGCCCAGUUUAACACCGCGACCCGGGCUCCGUGGGUCUGGGAGAGCAUCCUGAACGCCGUACAAAAGUCUCGCGCAUGAUUUACGAGUCUUCCGCUGUUCAUAAGCUUUAAUAUGUAUAUAUAUAUAUAUAUAUAUUUAUAUACUCUCGGGCAUCGCCCGGCUCUUUACGGUAAGAAGUGGCAUCGGGUGGGUAGUCAUGAGCACCUAGGUUUGGGUUGAGUUAUUACCUGUUACCUAUUACCUAUUGAUAUAGGAGACGAUGGCAACAGUGAGAAGUAAGAACAGUGGUCAGACCUAUUAGACUUCACCGAUAGUCCGUCCUUAUUAGUUUGAUGAAUUUUAAUUGGAAGCUGUCAUGAGUCGAGGAGGCUAUAGCGAAGAAUAGUCUCAUGAAUAGUCGGGUGUGGCAAAGAGCGAAGACUUGAACAUUGAUAAAAAUAGCCAUAGGUGAACCAAGAGUAUAGUACCUAAGGUAGUUGAAAAAAAAAUACACAAUUCUCGUUCCUAUU